AUGCUGGCCGGCAAAAGCCUCUGGCCAGCCCAGCUCAUCGACGGCUGGGGCGCCCAUGUCGGCGGCCACGCGGCCCGGCAGUGGGCCGGCCACGUCCUGGGCCGGUGCAAGACGUGCAGCGAUUGCACCACGUCUCUCUCGUUCGCCGGCGCGGCUCCGCGGUACCCUUGCGCGCGCGCACGCGAGCCGGCCGACGGGAACGAGCAGGCGACAGUUCCGGAGAUGCUGGCGGCAGAUUUUGGUACGGAUACGGCUUCCGCGGAGGUCCGGCGACGGCCAAGGAUUUUGUUCGUUCCACGGAGAGGGGAAGCGUGA